ACUAAAUAAUCGGAGAAGGACACCAUUGUAGAGAGAGAGGGGGAAAGAUCAGACUCUUCCUCUAUAUAUGUAUACAUAUACAAUAUCUUGUUGAUCACAGUGGUUGUGAUUGUUUACAUGAAAUGAAUAGGUGUGAAGGGUCUGUUUGGAAGAGAGAAAAAAGAAAUCAAAUGGAUCAAACCCCCCAUUUGUUCUCUUCAGAAACCACCACAAUUACAAACAACAACAACAACAACAACAACAAGAAAAACAAGAAGAGAAGUCAGAGCCGAAUCAAAACAAAGCGAUACGGUCUGGUCACGUUUGAUGAAUUGCCAGAGUACAUGAAGGACAACGAGUAUAUACUCAAUCAUUAUAGAGCCAAUUGGCCUCCCAAACAAGCUCUCUUCAGCAUAUUUCGUUGGCAUAAUGAGACACUCAAUGUCUGGACGCAUUUAAUUGGGUUUGUCCUAUUCUUGGGAUUAACGAUUGCACAAUUUUUUCAUGUCCCUCAAUUAACGGAUUUCUUUCAUAUAUUUACCAGAUCCUUUCCAGUGAGUGCAGACACAAAUGUCUCCCACAAUUCAAAGGAUUUCUUCUUGGGAACAACCAAACUAUUAGACUUGAAGCAGACAACACCACCGGCAAUGGAGAUUACAUCACCGGAGUUGGGUGCUCCAAGGUGGCCUUUCUAUGUCUUCUUGGGUGGUUCCAUGUUCUGCCUUCUCUCUAGCAGCAUUUGCCACCUCUUCUGUUGCCACUCACACGACUUGAACAUUUUCUUGCUGCGAAUAGACUAUGUUGGUAUUGCAGUGAUGAUCAUCACCUCCUUUUUCCCUCCCAUUAGCUACAUCUUCCAGUGUGACACACACUGGCAAUUCAUAUACCUUGGUGGGAUCACAGUAAUGGGCAUUUUCACCAUUAUAACAUUGCUUUCACCAUCACUUUCAAAUGGCAAAUAUCGCCCUUUUCGCGCUCUACUGUUUGUGGCCAUGGGGCUAUUUGGGAUUGUACCUGCAGUCCAUGCUCUUAUUGUUAAUUGGAGUGAGCCACAGCGCAAUAUAACCUUAGCUUAUGAAUCGGCUAUGGCUCUAUCGUAUUUGAUUGGAACAUUGUUUUAUGUUAGCCGGAUUCCAGAAAGGUGGAAGCCGGGGUGGUUUGACCUAGCUGGCCACAGUCAUCAGAUCUUUCAUGUUCUUGUGGUCAUGGGUGCACUGGCUCACUAUUGUGCUGCACUUGUUUUCCUGGAAUAUCGUGACAGUGUGGGAUGUGAAACAAAUAUUUGAUCAGUCUGUAUUGCUUAUAGUAGUUCUGUUAUCAUAACAUAGGGUUUAUGUUUGAACUCUAUGUGUAGCCUUGUAGGAGCAUUUUUUUUUUAUAUGGAGUAUAGUGUUAUUAUAUAUACCUCAAUGGAAAGCUGUUGAAGAAAGUUUGAUCAUUGAAUACUUUUCACACAACCAAUAAUUAAAGAAUGAGAAGGGUUUUCUUUUA